AUGGCCACCAACUGGUUCACGGGCGCUCCCUUCGGGGGGCGGGCUCCCAGGUUUGGCGUCUCUGCUGUCUACCCCAACCAGAAGUGCAGCACCUUCAGGGAGGCCCCGUAUUCCAGGGUUUACUCUGUGGACGUGUCCCACAUAGGACCUGGGACCUAUGGCUGCAAGGAGACCUGCUUCAGCAUGAAGAAGUUGAAGAAGGAGGUGGGCACAGGCUGCGCCAAGGCCCAGGAAGCCACCCGGCUGACGCAGCUGCCCCACUUCCAGUACCGGGCCAUCCUGAAAGAGAAGCGGCAGCAGAAGGACGAGUUGGGGCCUGGCUCCUACAACUCCAAAGACUUCUUAGAAGAGCUGCAGAAGAAACCGGGCAGCACCUGGGGGCUGCUCAGCUCCGGGGAGGUGUUCUCAUACACGGAGCUUGGCCAGGCUCCCCUCUGGGACCCCACAGCCCCUCUGCUUUCCAGUGCCACAGCUUUCAGCCCACUGGCUGUCUGUGGGUGGGACAGGUCUACAUAUGCCACCUGUGCAUAUGGGGGCCUCCCCAGUGCCAGUGCCAAAGCUGUGGGUGCCUGUCUCCCGAGUGAUGCCUUGGCCCCCAGUGUGCCCACACCCCCUGCCCUGCUUGGUUCUUGUGAGGUCCAGACGAACCCUGUGGGUGUGGGUCGCUAUCUCAACACACAGCUGAUGGAGACAAAGGACCAUCGGCAGUGAUACCGGUCCCUGUUCAUGGGUGGAUCCAAGUGCUACCUCUCAGACCCAGCCCGGAACAGGCUCUUGCAGGAAAGAAUCACACCUUUUACUAGGGGGAAGUGCCCUCCAACUGUGGAUUACAAUUCAGAUCCUAUUCCUUAA